CUGCCUCGAAUUGGCACUGGCAGUGACGAGAGGAUCGGAAGAUGAAUUAAGUGCAUUAAUAUAAUUAUUUUCCAUUGCAAACAGGAAGAUACCGUAACAAUUGAAAUAAUUAAAGUAUGGAUUUCAGUAGUUAUGGACUCAAUGAAAACAUAGAGCACACUUGCUAUUGUACACGAACAAACUGAAAAAAUCGUUUUAAAUAAUAAUGUGUACAGUAACAAUCUGGGAAGUUCUAGGCUGAUUGGUGUAAAACGGUUUCGUACCUUUUUGGCAAUUUGGGCUGUAUAAGUUGAACGGUUGUGUCAGAACAAUUGAGGACGAGAGACAACAUUCUGAAUGUCUUUCUCAUCGGAAAACAUCUCGGAUUCAAUAACUUUCCGACUUAAUCAGUUGUACAUAUUUAUUGUGAAAGGAGAGGCGACGGCGACCUUUCUGGAUUAUCGCGAUGUAACAAAGAUUUAGGAGAACUGUGAAUGUGCCAUGGGAAGUAAAGUUACCCAGGAAUUAGAGCUUGCUUUACGUGUAUGAGUCUGUGCGUCGACAUACAUUCUUCGCAUGAUAGCUAUGACAUUAGUCCUGAGUGAAAACAUGUGCUUCACAGCCGAGUAUGUAUAACCACCGACUACAAAAGAGAAUAUGUUUAUUAUUAUCGACGAAAAGAUAAUAAGUAACUGGCGCAUCAAAUAGUAUGCCUACGUUGAUCACUGGAUAUGUAAUGAGGUUAGGUACUGGAACAUUGGAAGUCGCGCGUAUGUUAAGACGUUAUGUUUAUUGCCCGCCUGCAGAACUACCUAGUAAUAUGAGAACCGUGCACGAGGUUGUAAGUAGUAUAAUGGACGAAGGUCAAAAUCUGCAUAUAAGCUUUUGUACAUCUGAUCAUGAAUAGGAGUUCUGUUCGACAUACUGUGCUAGUUUAAAAUUUGAAGGAUUUAUCCAUCACAUCGGAGUUUAUAAUAAUUAUACUUUAUACAUUAUGCACUUAAAGUGAGGAAAAAAAAAUCUGGCUUGGAGACAACUUGGAACAUACAUCUAAGAGAUACUUAUCAUGCAAAUGCUGACAAUAUUAACUACAAUACCUGGGCGCUGAAUGAAAGAACCUGUCAUAUUUCUUAUAUCUACGGAAACACUAGCGGUGCAAAUCCAGGGUCCAGGUGGAACGCGUUGUCAUUAACAAGAGCAUAAAACUCCGUAUGUUUAUUGUGUCGGUUGUUUAACAGAAUUUCCGGAAAGGUUAUGUUCCUGGGAUUAUAAUAAGAUAAACAUUUAUGAACAUCGGCCUUCUCCGACAAGAAUAAUGCCACGAAAUUGACUAGGGGAAUAGGCUUCUUUCUUAUAAUUCGUAGUGCUAUUAGACACGAGGGAAAAUGCGAUUUAUUUCAUUAAUUCAGAUGCGUUAUGUCGCAAAUAAAACAGAAUAAUUACGCAUGGAAAUAAGGUUUUGGAUUUAACAGUGAAUUGUACUUUCCGUGUACCUUUGGAAAGUGAACGAAUUCGGAUUAUAACCAAAUAUUUCCAUAAUGGAGACAAAAACCGUUGCCAUAGCAACAUUCACUGUGAUAUUAGCCGUCACCAUGGAAAUUGCUCAAUGUCAGGAAGGCGAUUAUUCAGAGCCUAUCCGCUGCUUCUACUGUUUCGGUCCGGCAGAGAACAGCACGUGUGCGGACCCCGUGGACCCGCGGGAGGACAAGGGCAAGACGCUUGAGGUGAUCCAAUGUGAGAGCGGCAUCUGCCUCAAAUGGAAGCACUAUUAUAAUAGUGAACUAUAUAUGCAUAGAACUUGCUCCCAUCGCCUGAAGCGUUUCAAGAUAAUGAUGAUCGACGGUGUUUGCCGAUCAGAGCGUUCAGGAAACGGAGAUCUCUGUAUGUGUGGUAAAAAUCUUUGCAACGACGCUGUGUCAGUGACGCCAUCCCUGACGUCGGUUUUGUUUAUGACAUCUUUAGCUGUAUUGGCGUCGUCCUUCGGUGUAUCGAAGUCUUCCUUCUCCAAGAAAAGCUGAGAAAUAUUUUAGAUAGGCAAACUACACAUCAUCCGCUCAUCUACUGUCAAUGGCAAUCACAAUAGUAUAAGCUAAAGCAGUAAAUACUUUCAUUGUCAACUGUUUGAAGUGUUGAAGUGUCUUCAGAAAUGUCUUUCAUGACAUUUCGCGGCUCAUUACAGAAAAUUGAUCCACAUUUGUAAACCCACUAAUCAAUGCAAAGAAUACAAGAGUGUAGUGUUUAGAUCCCAAAAGUAAUUAGGAGAUUUAAGAUGUGCCAGGUUUAUUUGUCAUUCUAAAGUGAAAGAUAAAAUUUCCUGCAUGGUUUGAAUGCUAAUGAGCUAACGCAUGUGAUUGUGUAUGAAAAGUAUUUGAAACGCAUCCUCUGUUUGCAGAAGCAUAACAAAAACGACGAAUAUAGCUAUAGACAAAACAUAGUCAUAGUCGAAUAUGGUUUGAUCCAAUGAGCGAAUAUAGUUCGAUAGACAUCUAAACCUUGUGAUUCUUCAGAGAAAGAGAAAACUAACGCGUGAUCAGUGCUAAUGAUUAUGUAAAACGAAUCUCAUUCUGUAUUCAAACGUUGAAGGAAAACCUUUUCUUACAGGAAUAAAAACAAAAAAAAACGACAUGAAUGAAUUUCGAUAAAACAUGGUAAUUCGGAUGUGGUUUGAUCCAAAGAGUAAAUAUAAGUCCACAGAUACCAACACCUACAUGUAGUUAAAUGAUAAUCAAGUGUUACGACACUGCAAACUUAGAACUGUCUUGAAUAGUUACAUUUACCAAGUUACAAAGGUGUUUGGUAAAGUUCAGAAUGAUAUCUAGGUUGAACUGUAUAUGCAGGUAUCAAUUAUUCGCUCUUUUAGAGUAAAAAAACUACCUUUACAUCAGUAUUUCUCUAUUUGCACAACAGUUUUUAUGAUUUGUAUUUCAGUUAUUGUGAAUCUAGAUAUUUAUGUGUAUAAAACUGACAUUACGUAGAAAAUAUUUUGAUCCUGAAAUAUGUAUGUUAUACAAAUUAGCAAAACGUAUUAGACGCACUACUAAAACAUGGAUGUUUCACCGGCAUAAAGGGAAUUUCCUGGAUAUGAAGGAAAUCUGAUAGGGGAGACAAUAUGUUUUAUCGUUGUUGAUUUUUCUUCUUCUCCGUCUUCUCUUUUAAUUCUUUGAGAACAUUUGAGUUGGAACUUAGAUAGAUGGUAAUGUGAAGAUGUACACAGUGCAAUGAUAUGAACUCCUGGCUGAUUAUUGCGAAGUUAUCUCUGUUGAUUUUUGAAGCAAAGUUUGUGCAGGGCUCUCCUCGAACGGAAAAGAAAGUAGUCGAAAACUCUUGUAACUUGAAUUUCCUUGAUGAAUUUGUCCAAAGCAAUCUUAUGAAUGGAAUUGUAUGGAACUAUGAAAAUUGAUAGAUGGCAAAGUGAAUUUGUUUACAGUGCAGAGUUGUCACCCCUGAUACUUUAAUUUCCUAGAUGAAUUUGUUCAAAGCACUCUUAUAAAUGGAAUUGAAUGGAACUUUGAAAAUUGAUGGCAAAGUGAAUUUGUUCACAGUGCAGAAAAGAUAACUCUUGUCUUCUUAUGUAUUAAGUUAUAUAUUAUACUGUUAUAUCGCCCCUGUACUCCCUGAUUAUCUUCAAACAUCUUUGUCAGAAGCCUAACCCCAAAUGAAAUUAAAUAAAACAUCAAACAAUUGAUAGAUGACACUGUGAGGUUAAGCAAUAUAUGUAACUCACUGGCACAUUGUUGUUGAGUUAUCUCCUCUUGUAAUUUACAUCAAGCACAUUCUAUUCAAAGCCUUACUCGAAGAAAACGUACAACUGAAUUAAAAUUUGGCCAUUAGUAAAUAGCAAUGUUAUAGUGUGCACUGUGCAAUAAUUAUUUAUCUUGGAUCCAUUUGUUGCAUAGUUAUCUCUCCUUGUAAUUCGAUUUUAUUUUUCGAUUAACUACAUAUAUUCUGUAGUAUUACUCCGAAUCUGCUGGAAGGAACUAAACAUUCUGCAUUUAUAACCCCUUGUUUCCCCAUUCACGAUGCUCAUAUCAAAUGCAUUCACACAUAGUUAAAAUUCGUGCAAACUUGCUACUGUUACCAUUCGAAAACCAGAUAUAAUAAGUAAUACGGAACACAUAUCACGUAUGCAUCCAUAUGUAGAUUUAAAUAUAUCUAUUAGAUGUCCUUAACAUUGGUUUGUGUUGUUCAAAGUAUAGCAAAAUGCAAACAUCAGACUUUACACUUUAUUUACAUGAAUGUGAAUCGGUGAACCUACUAUUUUAUAACGCAUAUAAUUGCUCAAAUUAUGUUGUUUUUAUGUGUAUUUACCGUAAACUUUCUAAUGCCACUCAUGUUAUGAUUACUUUUGAAAAAAACAACUGGCGAACAUUUGAUGGAAAAGAAACUAUAUAAUACAUAUGUGUGCAUUUCAGUCAGUCAAUUUAUAUUCAUGUACAUGUAUUGUUUGAUAUAUACACAUGUUGAUUUAAUUAGCAUGUGUAAAUGAAUUUAGUUUUUACCUUUUACGUGUUUAUUUCAUAUGUAUGCUUAUUUGUAUGCAUAUCAUCUAUAAAUUAUAUGUAACCAUUACAUAAGACACGCUAUUUGUUGUUCAUAUCCUUCAAAUACAGAUCCAUGAGUAUAAUGUGUAUUUACUACACAGGAGGUUAAAAAAAUUGGCGAAAUCAACAGAGAGGAGUAAUUUAGAAAAGAGGAAUUUGGAAAUUCAGAUUUAACCGACUGGCAUUUAAACAA